AUGACCCCGUCUGCCAAACGGCGACUCCAAGCGCUCAGCCAGCAACUCGUCGAAGGAAUCCCGGAUGCUGGCACCUUUGAGGAUAUCCCCCGGAUUCGCACGGUUGCUCCAGACUCGGUUGGCCCGAGGGUUAAGGAUAAGGUCGUGAUUGUCACAGGAGCCAAUUCACCUACCGGAAUCGGAAGAGCAAGUGCUCAUCAAUUUGCUCGCAAUGGCGCAAAGGCCGUCUACCUGUGUGAUUACGAUGAAACAUACCUGCCCACGCACAAGCGGGAAAUCCAAUCGCUCUAUCCGGACGUUGAAGUGCAAACCCGCCAAUUCGACGCAGGGGAUGCCGCUUCCGUCAAGGCGGUUGUUGACGAUGCAAUUGCUCGCUAUGGCCGCUUAGACAUUAUGUUCGCCAACGCUGGUGUCAUCGGUUCGACUAAGACAUUUACAGAAAUCGAACCGGAUGAUUUUAUGAAGACUCUGCGAACAAAUACACUGGGUGUCUUCCUCGCUGCCAAAUACGCCGCGCCCGCCAUGCAAAUCACAUCCAAAUCGAAACCCUUCCCAUCAGGAUCCAUUAUUUGCACGGCGUCUGUUGCCGGCCUGCGCUCCAAUGCUGGUGGUACAGACUACUCUGCAUCCAAGGCCGCGGUAGUCAACAUCGCACAAACAACCUGUUAUCAGCUUUCCGGCUCUGGUGUCCGCGUCAAUGCGAUAUGUCCCGGCAUGAUUGAGACGGGGAUGACUAAGAUUCUGUACGAUGCUGCUCGUGCACGAGGCACAGAGAGGAAGAUAGGCCAAUUGAAUCCAUUGCAGCGAGGCGCUGUGGCAGACGAAGUGGCUCGCGUGGCCCUCUUUCUUGGGAGCGACGAAAGCAGCUAUAUGAACGGACAAGCGGUGACUGUCUGUGGCGGCCUCAGUGCUGGGCAUCCGUUUGUGCCGGGGAAGUUAGGCUAA